CAGCUCCCCACAGGCCCCCAGCCCGUGCUCCCGGUGUCGCAGCUCUGCGCCCGCUCCUGCCGCUCCCAGCUCAGAGAAACCCCCUGAAAUCCUGACCUCCUCGUUUUGCUCUUCCUGGAAUCUGGAGGUACAGAGGAUCUGGAUCAGCUGGUUUGGUGGUUUUAGCAGUAGCUAAAAAUCACCAGAAUACUUAUUCAUUUCUUGCUGUGAGUUAUGGAUUAGGAGAAGGGCAAAUCAGGCUUAAAAUUUAAAAGGAAUAAAGAAAUUUUAUUCCUAGAGCUACAAAAAUAAGAAACCCGAAUAAAACCUCCAGACACGUUUUCUUCCCAUCCCACCUUUUUCCUUGCCCAGCAGACAACAUAGAGACAAAAUCUGGUGUUUAAAGCAGUCCCAGCUGUACAAUGGUCAUUUCAUCAGUCUUUGUAGAGAGAGUUCUCUCUUGUCAUUCCAUGGAGAGUUUUCCAGAAGAAAAACUGUUUCUUGUGGCUUUUCAUUUCUCAUGAUUGGCCACUGCCCAGAAAAAACUCUGCCAUCAUUCCUUCCUCCCAUUUCACACCACUCAGAGGUGCGUUCAUGGGCCAUGAACUCAAGGAGUAUUAUUUUAAGGAUGAGUUAUUCAAAGGCAAAGGUUCUCUUCAUCUGUCUCUGUGAUCAUCUCUGGGAACAGAGGUUUUCUCUUUUCUUCCUGGGUGCCCAAGUAUCUCCAUCAACUCUCACUUUUCAUUCUCUGUUCCAGCAUCUCAUGGGAUCACAGCUACUCUACCAUCUGCUUAGCUCAUCAGUGGAUACCUUUGCUCAGAGUUCAUGGUUUGAAUAGUUCAUUCCACCUUAUACUCUUUUCAUGAAUUAAAGGAGUUAUUCAGAAACACUGUUCAUAUCCAUGGCCUUACCAAAAGAGUAUUUUAGCUUAUUAAAGCAUGUCCUCAAUCUCCUUCCAUCUGAGGCUUGAUUCCUUCCUUCACUGACUUGGAUGGUUUAUGUUGUCUCUUUACAUGAUGAUCACUCUCCCUUUCCUCUCUCUGGAAAAGGAUUAAAUCUGCAGGUCUCAUCUGGGUAGUGAAAGGGUUUAAAUCUGGUCCAAGUUUUGUGGAUGAUCAGGGGCAGAGGCUGGGGCUGUUUUUGAUGGGUGAUUUUUCAGUGGCUGUGCUGGGGGAGGGUGGCCAGCAUCUCAGCACGCUGCAGGCCGAUGGCUUCCCCUGCCCGUACUCGGCAGUUUCUGGUGAAAUCCAGCGGCAGCAGAAAUUUCAGCUGAGCCAGGGACCGGCCUGGCCCGGCAGUGCUGCUGUUCAGGGCUCAGCGGGCUUCCCGAGGGGCUCAGCCACUCUGGGAAAGGGCUCCUGCCAGUCUCCAUCCCCUUCCCGGGAGCUGCUGGGCUCUGGCCCCACGCCCCCACCCCGAGGCCGUACAGGCUGUGGGGAAAGCGGGGAGGGAGGGGCCCGGCUGCACCAGAGCUCUGUUAUGUUUUAAAGCCAGAAACACAAAAGACCCAAAAGCUCCUGGCUUUAGGGUUAAAAGGUGGUAUUCACAAAGGUAAUCUCACUUUUCAUUGUUCAAACAUACUAUCAAUUCUCAGAACUGGCCAGCUAUUGGCCAGGUCUCAGGCAGAGAAGAAACUCCCAGCAGCCUCUCUCAGAGCCAUCGUAUUCGUGGAUGUUUCCGACUUUUUUUCUUAAAUGCCAACGCAUCACAGCUGGCAAAUUUGGAGGAUAAGACCCUUCUGAAAAACAUCCCAAUCCUUUGUAUUUUUCUCUACCCCCUCUUUUCUAUCAUCCCUUUUCUUACCCCAUAACUUGCUCCUGUUGCUUCUUGCCUUAAGCACAUUCCUGCACACUCCCUUUCAGCCAAUCCCUUCCCAGCACACUAACACCAUCCAUCCCCGGUUGUCUAAAUCCCUUCUGGACUUCCCUUCUUGCCCCCCGGGUGUCCAUGUCCUUAAUUCCCUCUGGGAGAAUGUGCAAAUGACCUCCACAUGCUCCCAAUGGACCCUUGAGAGAUAUUUUGGGGUCAUCAUCCCUUUGUCCAGGAUGCCCCUCUAACAUUCCAUUUUCUCCCCUCAAUGGUCCCACCUGGAUCCCACCUGUGCCCUCCCCCGGGCCUUGGCGCCCCCCUUGAGGGGAAUUUGGGGAGGUGGGAGGGGGGAGCGCCAAGGCCGGGCCCCCCCGCGCUGUGGUGGCGGGAGCGGCUGCAGUGGGGAGCGAGUGCGGGCGGAAGCGGCCGAGAGCCCAGCGCUGCCCCAGGCCGAGCUGGCCCAGCUCCAUCCGUGCCCCUGCGGUGGGAUGCUGUGGGACUGGGGGGGAAGAGGGAGGCGGCAGUGGGUGCUGGGCCUGGGGGCAGGAGGAGAAGGGAAGGAGAAGCAGGGCUGAAGAACAAAAUGGUCAAACAAUGCCUGUAGGAGCAGAAGGUGGGAUUGUGCAGGAGAAGGAGGAAGAGGAGUGUGAGGAAGAGUAGGGACACAGGAAGAGGAAGCCGUACAAGGUUCCAGCCCUCCCUGUAUCUGGAGCUCUGCCAGCUGCAGGAGUGUUGCACCUCCACAUGCAGCAGAUGACCGGGGAGGGGGAUCCACGAUUUUCACUGGGCUGAAUCUUGGUGUUUCUGUGCUUUUUUUGGCUAAAUGUUGGUGCUUUGGUUUUUUGCAGGGGCUGAAUCUUUCUCUUUUGGAGGAGGUUUUGGCUGAAUCUUGAUGUUUGGGGAGUUUUUGAUCUGUGCUGUGAUGUUUGCAGGAUGUUUGGGCUGAAUGUUGUUUUUUUUUGAGGUUCUUACAGAUACAAGUUGCCCAAUGACUUCCUGAGAUGAACUUGGGCAAGGAGGAACCCCCAGUCCAAGGCGGUCUCCUCUUGUUUUUUCCCCCCAAACCAGGAUUUUUCGUUCCCAAACCGAGGCCAGAUGGGGGAGAAGGAAAAGCCCUGGAGAUGCCACACAAUGAGGGGCUGCAAACCCAGCCCAGGGAGCUGUGAGGAGAAAGGACUCCCCCUCUCCUGGGAAGGCGACCAGAGAUCCAGCCGGAGCUCAGAGCUGGGGGAGAAGCCUCAUGGUGUGGAGAAGCCCCACAAGUGUUUGGAAUGUGGGAAGGAUUUCAGCCACAGCUCUGGCCUGCUCCAGCACCAGAGUAUCCACACUGGGGAAAAGCCCUACAAGUGUGGGGAAUGUGGGAUGAGCUUCAGACGGAGCUCCUAUCUGAUCCGGCACCAGAGGAUCCACACUGGGGAAAGACCCUACGAGUGUGGGGAAUGUGGAAAGAGCUUCAGCCAGAGGUCCAACCUGAGGUAUCACCAGAGGAUCCACACUGGGGAACGGCCCAAUGAGUGUGGGGAAUGUGGGAUGAGCUUUAGCAUGAGUUCCAGCCUGAUAUAUCACCAGAGGGUUCACACUGGGGAAAAGCCCUAUGAAUGCAGGGAAUGUGGGAAGAGCUUCAGGAACAGCUCCAGCCUGAUCCAGCACCAGAGGAUCCACAGUGGGGAAAAGCCCUACACCUGCUUGGAAUGUGGGAAAAGCUUCGGGCGGAGCUCCAGCCUUAGAUAUCACCAGCUCAUCCACACUGGGGAGAGGCCCUAUGAGUGUCCUGAGUGUGGGAAGAGGUUUCAGACCACCUCCACUCUCAUCAAACAUGAGCGGAUUCACACAGACGAGAGGCCCUUCCGCUGCCCCGACUGUGGGAAGGGCUUCAAGCAAAACUCGAACCUCACUGUCCACCGGCGCAUUCACACUGGGGAGAGGCCCUACGAGUGUCCCCAGUGUGGGAAGAGCUUCUCACAGAGCUGUAACUUGACCCAGCACCAACGGAGGCACCAGUAA